AGUAUGUCUUCUACAAGUUACUCGACUAACAAUGUUGAUAUAAAAAAAAUGAUGACGUUCAUUUAGUUUUUAGAUAAGAAAUGAAGGUCUUACUGACGAUUUUUAACGUGUUUUCGUUAAUUUAUUCUUCAUUUUCACAGACUACGCAAAAUAUCAACGUUUUACUUGUCAAUGAAGAGAACAACGCACUUGCUGAAAAGUCUUUCGAAGUCGCCAAGGAGUAUGUCAGAAGAAAUCCUAGUUUAGGGCUAGCAAUUGACCCUGUGAUCGUGGUGGGUAAUCGGACGGACGCCAAAGCAUUUUUAGAAAAUGUUUGCAGAAAAUACAAUGACAUGCUGUCUGCCCAAAAAACUCCACACGUCGUGUUGGAUUUCACGAUGACCGGCGUAGGCUCGGAGACCAUAAAGUCGUUCACCGCAGCGUUAGCAUUGCCAACAAUUUCUGGAUCAUUCGGGCAGACUGGAGAUCUACGGCAAUGGCGUGCCCUCAAUGCGAACCAAACGAAAUUCCUUCUACAAAUCAUGCCACCGGCAGAUAUCUUGCCUGAAGCCAUUAGGGCGAUUGUUACGAAGCAAGAUAUUACAAAUGCUGCUAUUAUUUUUGACGAGUUCUUUGUCAUGGAUCAUAAAUACAAAUCGCUUCUCCAGAACAUUCCUACACGUCACGUCAUAACUCCAGUAAAAAGCUUCAGCAAAGACGAAAUAAAAACUCAGUUGAGAAGCUUGAGGGAGCUCGACAUAGUCAACUUCUUCGUUGUGGGAAGUUUAAGGACCAUCAAGAAUGUUCUAGACGCUGCGAACGAGAACCAGUACUUUGGCCGGAAAACGGCUUGGUUCGCCUUAUCUCUAGACAAGGGAGAUAUCAGUUGCGGAUGCAAGGACGCGACAAUUGUCUACAUGAAGCCGACGCCCGACGCUAAAAGCAGAGAACGCUUGGGGAAGAUAAAAACUACAUACAGCAUGAAUGGAGACCCCGAAAUCACCUCUGCGUUUUAUUUCGAUCUGUCUUUGAGGACAUUUUUAGCUAUCAAAUCGCUGCUGGACUCUGGCAAGUGGCCAAAUGACAUGAAAUAUAUCAAUUGUGACGACUACGAUGGUAAGAAUACUCCAAACAGGACCUUGGAUCUUAAAACUGCAUUUCAAGAGAUAAAAGAGAUCCCUGCGUAUGCACCCAUUUACAUUCCCGAAGAUGACCCAAUGAAUGGCAGAAGUUUUAUGGAGUUCAGCACAGAUUUAACAGCUGUGACUAUUAAGGAUGGGGCAUCUAUUGGGAGCAAAUCCUUAGGUUCAUGGAAAGCUGGUCUCUUGAACCCGUUAUCACUAACCGAUCCAGAUAAUAUGAGUGAUUAUUCAGCGCAGUUGGUUUACAGAAUUGUGACCGUCGAGCAACAACCUUUCAUCAUAAGAGAUGACGAUGCCCCAAAAGGCUUUAAAGGAUAUUGCAUUGACUUGAUAGAAGAGAUUCGUCAAAUAGUAAAAUUCGAUUACGAAAUAACUUUGACUCCAGAUGGCAAUUUCGGUACAAUGGACGAAAAUGGUAACUGGAAUGGGAUAGUCAAGGAAUUGAUUGAGAAAAGGGCUGAUAUUGGUCUUACUUCAUUAUCAGUAAUGGCGGAAAGGGAAAACGUUGUGGAUUUUACGGUUCCUUAUUACGAUUUAGUUGGCAUAACUAUACUGAUGAAAUUGCCAAGGACUCCAACGUCGCUGUUUAAAUUCCUCACAGUUUUAGAGAAUGAUGUAUGGCUGUCUAUUUUGGCUGCGUAUUUCUUCACAAGUCUGCUCAUGUGGGUCUUCGAUAAGUGGAGUCCAUACAGCUACCAAAACAACCGUGACAAGUACAAAGAUGAUGAAGAGAAGAGAGAGUUUACGUUGAAGGAAUGCUUAUGGUUUUGCAUGACGUCACUCACUCCUCAGGGUGGUGGGGAGGCGCCUAAAAAUCUCUCCGGACGUCUGCUGGCUGCAACUUGGUGGCUUUUUGGGUUCAUCAUCAUAGCAUCUUACACUGCAAACUUGGCUGCAUUUCUAACUGUAUCUCGUCUGGAUACCCCGAUAGAGUCCUUGGAUGACUUGUCAAAGCAAUACAAAAUUCAAUAUGCUCCGCUGAACGGUUCAGCAGCUAUGACUUACUUUGAAAGGAUGGCCGAUAUUGAAGUGCGAUUUUAUGAGAUAUGGAAGGAAAUGAGUCUAAAUGACAGCCUAAGCGAUGUUGAACGUGCAAAACUAGCCGUUUGGGACUACCCUGUGUCAGACAAAUACAGCAAAAUGUGGCAAGCCAUGAAGGAAGCUGGUCUUCCGAACUCCAUAGAUGAAGCUAUAGAAAGGGUGCUAGCAUCCAAGAGUUCUAGUGAAGGGUUUGCUUGGCUUGGGGAUGCUACUGAUGUCAGAUACCACGUACUUACAAGUUGUGAUUUGCAAAUGGUUGGCGAUGAGUUUUCUAGGAAACCGUAUGCGAUCGCAGUCCAACAGGGAUCACCUUUGAAGGACCAAUUUAAUAAUGCCAUUCUUCAACUCCUGAACAAGCGAAAACUGGAGAAGCUAAAGGAAAACUGGUGGAACAACAACCCUAACGCCAUCAAAUGUGAGAAGCAGGAUGAUCAGUCAGAUGGGAUCUCUAUACAGAACAUCGGCGGUGUCUUCAUUGUUAUAUUCAUGGGAAUUGGCCUGGCUUGUAUCACUUUAGGAGUCGAGUAUUGGUGGUAUAAGUGGAGAAAACGGUCCAUUAUUGGAGAUGUUACUCAGGUGGAACCAGCAAAGACUACUAAAAAUCAUAUAGAUGGCGCAAACAAACAUGGAGAUGGUUUCACAUUUCGAUCAAGGAAUUUGGGUCUUGCUAGUUUGAGAGCAAAGUUCUAAUAAUAUAUUAAUCAUUCUGGUAUUCUAAGAGGUAUUUUCAUGAUUGUGUUCAAUUAUUUACAUGAUCCAUCUGAUCUCAAUUAAUUUAAUUACUUACCUAGCUAUAUUUAAGUCGUUUUACUCAAUUUAUUUAUAUUUAAGUCAAUUUACUUGAUUAAGUAAAGUGUGGCGUAGAUAUUGCACAUCUGCUCCGAUGUACUUAUUAUUAAAAGCAAAAAUAAAAUUUAAAUUG